AUGCGUCGUGAGGGGAACUUGAAGGCGAGCGCUGUCCUAUUGUGCCUCGCCACCGCAUGCGUGUCGGUCCACGCCCAGCAGUGGGACUGGGGUGAGCUUGGGACCUGCCAUAGACCCCUCCCCGCCGACCUUUUCGCGAUGCGCUCCGCGCACCUCCUGCCGGCCUCCCUAGCGGGCCUCGGCCUGUCGCGGACGGCGGCGGCGCUCGUGAGCCGCGACGGCGUGACGGGGCGCCUCCCAGCGCUGGGGUGGAACUCGUGGAACGAGUACGGCUGCGACAUCAACGAGACGGUGUUCCUGACGGUGGCGCAGCACAUGGUGGACUACGGGCUCAAGGACCUCGGGUACGAGUACGUCAACAUCGACGACUGCUGGAGCGACAAGGUGCUGCGGCGCGACAACGCGACCAAGGAGAUCGUGGUGGACGCGGUCAAGUUCCCGCGGGGCAUCAAGUACGUGGCGGACCGGAUCCACGCGAUGGGGUUGAAGGUCGGGAUCUACAGCGACGCGGGAACAUCCACCUGCGGCGGAUUCGAGGGAUCGUUAGGUUACGAGGAGAUUGACGCCGCGACGUUUGCGAAAUGGGAUCUCAAAUACGACAACUGCAACGUGCCCAAGGAGUGGUUCGAUGACUGGAAAUACGUGCCCGAGCUCUGGCUCGGCGGGCCCCCCAACGAGAACCAGGACAACGGCGACCCGGUCAACUCCAAGACGGGCAAACCCGCGCCGGCGGGGUAUGACUGGUCGACGUCGGUGACGGCGGAGCGGUACCGGCUCAUGCGCGACGCGCUGCUCGCGCAGGAGCGCACAAUCCAGUACUCCCUCUGCGCCUGGGGCCACGCGCACGUCGAGGCCUGGGGCAACGAGACGGGCCACAGCUGGCGCAUGUGGGGGGACAUCUACCCGGAGUGGUACGGCCAGCACCAGUGGUCGUGGGGCCUGAUGCCUAUCCUCAACCACGCCGCAUUCUGGAGCGGGCCGGACGUCAACGGGUUCUGGGGCCACGGCGACUGGGACAUGCUCGAGGUCGGCAACGGCAACCUGACGUACGAGGAGAGCCGGAGCCACUUCGCGUUCUGGGCGGCGCUCAAGAGCCCGCUGAUCAUCGGGACGAAGCUCGAGGGGAUCCGGCCCGAGAUCCUGGCGAUCCUGGCGAACCGCGAGCUCGUGGCGUUCAACCAGGACCCGGUGUUCGCCGGGGCGGCGCAGCCGUAUAAAUGGGGCAUCAACCCGGACGGGGCGUGGAACUUGACCCACCCGGCCGAGUUCUGGGCCGGCGAGUCGGUCAAGGGCACGCACGUGUUCGUGCUCAACACGCUGGCGGGCACGGAGGAGAAGGCGAUCGCGUUCGCGGACGUGCCGGGGCUGGAGGCUGGGAAGAGGUACGCCGUGCACGACAUGUGGACGGGCGAGGACCUGGGCGUGUUCGAGGGCGAGGUCAGGGUCGAGCUCAAGAGCCACGACACGGCGGCGUUGAGGAUCAAUGAGGUCAAGUGCGUACCCAGACCGGCGCGUGCACGAAGAAGAACCGGAUUUUCCGAGUGGGAUGUCAGUCAGUAG